GCCACUGUGACGUGUCUGGGUUACCCCUUCUGUCUGUGGCUAAACAGUCUGUCGGAGGCAAAUCAAACUAAAACCAAGCACAAAAUGUCUGGACGCUCGGUUCGCGCUGAGACACGAAGCCGCGCUAAAGAUGACAUGAAGAAGGUGAUGGCGGUCAUUGAGAGGGUCAGAAGAUGGGAAAAGAAAUGGGUGACUGUCGGAGACACAUCUUUGAGGAUAUUCAAAUGGGUGCCAGUGGUGGAUACAAAGGAAAAGGAGAAGAGUAAGGCAGUCCCGGUUGGGGCAGUCAGGGAGCUGAAUCGCUUCUCCACGGAUCCAGCCUCAGAAAACCCACACUCAAGUCUUCUGGAUUUUCAUGAUGAGAACAGUAACCAGAGCUCCUUGUCUGAUGCGUACCAGCCCAAAGUGGACAGCAGCAGUAACUCCAGCCCCCAGCUCAGUGAACCUCUGAGCCCGAAGAACCUGUGUGACUUCCGCACAGAUGACUCCCAGCCCCCCACUUUGGGCCAGGAGAUCAUGGAGGAGCCAUCAUUGCCAAGUGAAUUGGCUGACGAACCUCCAUUGCUGAUUAAAGAGGACCUGUUGCCCCUCACUGCUCAGGAGGAAGAGGAGUGUUCUGGAGCUCCACCACUGAAGAGAGUGUGUUUUGAGCAGAACUCAGUCCUGCAGAGCUCCCCCAUGAUGAGCUCCUCCAUGAUGAGCUAACACACACUGCACUUAGCAUCAGGGUCGGGCCCAAUUCACUUCAGGCACUUUGUUGAAUCUCGUUUAGUAAUUUGGAAAAAUUAUCCAUUGUUUUCAAUGAGGACAUUUCUGGUUCACGAAUUGAACUCUCAACAAACUUCCUGAAUUUGAAAUGAUUUGAACCCAGCCCUGCUUAGCUUUUAGUCAGCGAGUUGCACAACCCUCAGUCUAUCCUCCGAUGACUGCAAUAGACACAUUUUAAGGACCAGACAUAUUUGGUUCAUUUAAGGACCACCAUACUUAUGAUGAUAUAUUGAAUUUAUUAAGUUUCUCCCUCAAAGGAUUUAUGAAUAUGUAGUUUAGAGUAUUUAGUUUGAAUGCAUUAACAACCAAAUACAAAAUCACAGCACUCUCCUACAGCACUCUCCUACAGCACUCUCCUACAGCACUCUCCUACAGCACUCUCCUACAGCACUCUCCUACAGCACUCUCCUACAGCACUCUCCUACAGCACUCUCCUACAGCACUCUCCUACAGCACUCUCCUACAGCACUCUCCUACAGCACUCUCCUACAGCACUCUCCUACAGCACUCUCCAGAGGUAGUGCAGUCAGGUAGGUUAGAUGUCUGUCCUUUUAAUUUGAUUUGAUUUGGGAAAUACCGUUUUCUGUCUCCAAAAUGUAACUUUUCGUGUAAACUAUUUUAAUGCAAAGCAAUGACGGGCCAUUUAUGAAGUAAUAGGUGAAUUCAGCUAUGGUUAGUGUUGUAGGAUUGGCUUUAUUUUGAGUGCAGUUUCAUAUUGUGCCAUUGACAAUUGUAAUUGUUUACUCAAUGUUAGCUGUCACGAUCUUUGUCACAGCAACAGUGAAAGAUAAAGUUGACAAUCGGCACUGCCAAUUUCUAAAUGAAGUGUCAACUCCGUCCAUCCGGGACACACUGCUGAGAAAAUCAAACACACUUCUAAAAACUCAGUGCCUAAAUCUAAGUUUUACGUUGGAGAAUGUUUCAAAAUUACAAGUACUCUGUGCUGUUUUUGGUAUGAACAUCACAUUCACUGAAUGAAGAUGAGUUAACUUAAAUUAAUCUACUAGGUCCUAAUGUUUUGUAAUUUAUCUCUUAAAGAUGUUGACUCAGUAGUUAUUUAAGUUAGGGUUCAUUUGUAAAAAAUGAACACCCAUUGUUUUUCUCAGUCUAAAAUGGUGUCUUGAGCUAUCGUCCCUAGUAACCCAAGGAAGCGCUUGUAUUUCUGAGAUAUUAUUUAUGUAAUGUUUUACUUGAGUGAAAUUAGGAAAUUAUUUUAUCAGGUUAGUGUGUACACUGAAAAUGUGAUGUUAUUUGGGAGUGACUAUAAUACUUAAAAAUAGUAACCAAUUAUAUUUAUUAUGUAAAAGAUUAUACUUUUUCUCUCUCUGACAAUCGAAAACAAAUGCACACAUUUGACAACUGGGACACAUUCAGUGGUUUGCCAUUUAUGAAAGAUAUGCUGUAAAAUUUGGGAGACAAAAAGGUAACUCCCACAAUGUCACUAGUUAUUACCAACUUAUAACAGUUUUAAUUUUCAGUCUUAUUAUUUCAUAGUACUGUCAGUCUCUUGAUAAGACAUGAUUAUUUGCAGGGAUGCCAGUAUGUUGAAUGGGUCACUAAAAUGAAGGUAUUUACAAUGUGAUUGCUUCUGUAUCCACAUUUUAAUGACCACCCAGAUUAAUUUGGAGAUGGUAGGCCUAUUCUGCUAAUGCAUUAUUUUAUUUUUCAAGAAGGUAGUUUGGAGAAGAGUUUGUAAAAAGUACUUUGUAUUUUAUUGUAAUUUUCCAAGUGACAAUUAUUUUAUAAAGGAGUAUGGAUUUGGAAA